ACUCACUUUUCUUUUCAACCACUUUCUCUCUUCUCAUUGACAAAAACAAAUUCUCUUUUUUCUAAUCUCACAAUUAUUAUUACAAUAAUAUGGGCAAAGCAUCCAAAUGGUUCAAAGCACUUCUUGACUUCAAGAAAAAUGACUCUUCUAUUUCUUCCACUAAUAAGAAGAAAUGGGGUGAUGUCAAAUCCUACAAAGAUAAAGAUUUUCAACAACAUCAUGAAAAAUCACACUACAUGAAUAGUCGUGCUGGAGUGGACCCCGCGAUUCAUGAGGUUCACUCCAGCUUGACGACGACUAGUAGUGUGAUCCGUGCAACAACGUGGAGCGGUGAGGAUUGGGCUGCUGUUGUGAUACAAUCACAUUUUCGAGCUUAUUUGUCAAGGAGAGCUUUACGCGCAUUGAAGGGGCUUGUGAAACUACAAGCCCUAGUAAGAGGACACAUUGUAAGGAAACAAGCUGCGGAUAUGCUAAGACGUAUGCAAGCGUUGAUAAGGGCUCAAUCUAGAGCUCGUUUAGGGCGAUCUAUGGUUUUUGAAUCACCUCCUUUUAGCGCGAAGUCUACUCAAUUUAUUCAUCAUGGUCCUACAACAUCAUCAAGAUGUACUCGUUCGAGGACAGGACCAUUUACACCAACAAAGAGUAGUACACGAAGCUACACGAGUGAUGAAUACUCGAAUAAUCAUCCAAAUUACAUGUCAUACACCGAGGCAGCUAGGGCAAAAACGCGGUCUAUGAGUGCACCAAGACUAAGGUCUCAGUAUGAUAAGAAGUGCUCAAGAAGUAACAUGCAAAAAGGGUUCUAAUUGUUAUGCUAAUUUCACUAGCAAAGGGGUUUGUUCAGGUUCUGAUAGAGUAGAUAAGAUUGGAGUGCAUGUUAGUGGCGAUUUGGAUGAAUUUGGACGCGGUUUUUGUCAUAUAUAUUGAGACAGAUGAUUCGAGUUCUAAGUUUGUAAGUUUGAGUUUCCAAGUUGCUUCAUCAUGCUAACAUAUACUUAUAUAUAUAUGUAGUUUUGAAUGUUUAAUGUCAUGAACGCGCUUGAACUUGCAUUU